CAGUUGGUGACAGUAGUUGGUGUUCCGCCACUUGCUGCUGCUACUGCCUUCUUCUUGGCCGCUUCCUUCUUCUUUAUCUGUACAGCCUGCAAAGCAGCUACCAAUUUAUCGGCGUCGAUCAUGCGUCGUUUACUUGCCGACUUUGCAGAUGCUGUUGAACUCGGGCGAGUUGGCUUCUUUUCAGUGGGAAUAUUCGGUUGUACUGGAGGAACUGGAUCAGGCCCGUCUCUCCUUGGAUUAUUGUAACAAACCUCUCGCAAAUGUGUUUUCCAUGCCUGUUUCGUGUCGUCAACAGCCACCGAGCAUAGCGGACACCAUAUGGCGCCAUUUGGAGGAAGUCUUCCUGAAAAGCAAAUUCACUAUGGUCCAAGCGUGAGCUCGUAUGCUUCCACAACUCCAGGUGGGUAA